AUGGCCACCAUCUCAGACCUACCCUGCGAGGUCAUCGCCGCCAUCCUCAGCAGGCUCGGGACGUUCAAAGAUCUCAUCAACGCCAUAUGCGUCAGCCGCCAGUUUCUCGAUGCCUUUGUCGAGAAUCGCAGCAUCGCGGGAAGCAUCGUCGUAUCCUUCUUCGAGCCCGAACGGCUGGCCCUGGCCGUAGCCACCGAGCAGCUGAACCGGGUGCUGCCCGCGCCGCGCACCGCCCAGGCUGUCGGCGACUUUGUCGAUGGCCUCGUCAACGACGGCCGCCUCCUGCAUCGCCAGCUGCGCUCCAUGUCCCUGCAGUCUGUCUAUUCCAUGAUGAGGACCGAGGAUUCCAUCACCGAUCUGGCCUUCGACUUCGCCGACCGCGCCUGGGAGCAGUUCUACUUUGACCACACCAGAUCCUACUACGACCCUUCGCGGUCCGUCGGCCUCUCCCCAACCGAGGCCUUUCGUUUCUUCCGCGCAUUCUACCGCACGGAAAUCUUCCUCAGAGCCUUCCGCACCAGCUCCGACUCCCCGGACCCCGAUGUUCUUCACCAGGGGCGCCUGUGGCUGCUCAGGAACUUUGCCCAGUUCGAGAUUGAGCAGAUUGCCUGUGUGCACGACUAUCUCGAGAAGAGAUUCAUGAUUGCUUGUCUCCGCACCUUUUUUGAGGAUGUCGAGCUCGGCGCCAUGGGCAUUGAUUUUCUGACUCCCGGGGCGAACCCCAAGAAACAACAUUGGAUCUCCCAAGGCGCCACAUUCAUCACAAAGCUCGCCAAAGCAUCAACAGAGUACAAGGGCAUUCUGUUGAAGACGUCCCUGAUAGAGAAUGACUCAGCCGCUCCCUUUGUCACCCUACAAGGUGUGCAAGACGUCUACCUGAAGAACAAGAGGCUGGCCGCCAAAAAACCCCGCGACACCCUAGACAGUGAUUCCGGCCCCCCCAGCGCGUUUGACUACGCCUUUGCAGAUCUCCUCGAAGCCGGGUCCCAAGGAUCCCAAGCCGCUGGGGACCUCUCGAACGACAGCAUGGUGGCGGCGGCGGCGGUCCUGGCGACGACGACGAGUCUCCGCCAGUACCAGCCCACGCCCAGAGAAGAGGAGACGGCGAUCCCCAUCGUGGUGACCAUGAUGGCCGAGGACUCGGGGCUCCGCGAACGCGCGUACGUCUUCUGGGACAUGGCGCGUAUCAAGGACUGGAAUCUGUGGGAGCAGAUCGAGAUCAGCCCGCGAGAGGCAACGACGACACCCACCAGACUCCAAUACGCCGCCAUGCGCCAGCUGUGGAGGACGCGCAAGGGUAACUGGGCCGAGAACCACGUCGCCCCUUGGUACGUGACGCUCACCACCGCUGAAACCGGGAGACUCAUGGGCAUCUUCAAGCUGUGGGGAGAGGAGGCCCUGGCCAUGGAACCUUGGGAUGACGAGUCCGAGGAUGAGUGGGUCGACGAAUGA